UGCGUGUGUGUUAAGGCUACCUUGUGUCACCUCUGAGGGACACUACACACAAAAAACUUCUUGGACGGCCGCCACCAUUCCUCGGUGCGGUCCGAAGUGAGGACUCCAACUGGGUCUGGGAGCUGGUUCCGGCCCGGCUGACUAGUUAGUCAACUGGUCCUCCUGAAGCGAGGUUUGUUGAAAAAUCAGAGAAGACCCCGGAAAUUGCCCUGUCCACGCCGACAGCGCGAGAAGGUCCGAGCCAUGUUCCGACUCCUCAGCCGUAACGGCCGGAAGAGGUCGAGCUGCCUGCUUGCCCAGCGGCGCUAUGAGCACCACAGGGCCGUCAUAGCCAUCCGGCGGGAGGACAUCAACCCGUGGGAGCGCAGGGCGCCGCUGGCCCCGCGUCACGUCCGGGAGCUGACACAAGACGGCAUCAAAGUUGUGGUCCAGCCGUCCAACCGUAGGGCGAUCCACGAGAAGUUCUACGCUAAAGCCGGCGCCGUCAUCCAGGAGGACAUCUCGGCGGCCUCGCUGAUCCUCGGCGUCAAAAGGCCGCCCGAGGAGAAGGUGAUCCCCAAGAAGACCUACGCCUUCUUCUCCCACACCAUCAAGGCUCAGGAGGCCAACAUGGGGCUGCUGGAUGAUCUCCUAAAGAAGGAAGUUCGCCUGAUAGACUACGAGAAGAUGGUCGACGCUAACGGCUUUCGCAUCGUAGCGUUCGGUCAGUGGGCCGGUGUCGCAGGCAUGAUCAACAUUUUGCACGGUUUGGGUCUCCGCUUCCUGGCGCUGGGCCACCACACCCCCUUCAUGCACGUCGGCAUGGCGCACAACUACCGCAACGUCAGCCAGGCCAUCCAGGCCGUCCGGGACUGCGGCUACGAGAUCUCCCUGGGCCUCAUGCCCAAGUCCAUCGGCCCCGUCACCUUCUGCUUCACGGGCACCGGCAACGUCUCCAAGGGAGCGCAGGACAUCAUCAACGAGCUUCCCGUGGAAUACGUGGAGCCUCAUGAGCUGAAGGACGUGUGUCAAACUGGGGACAUGACCAAAGUCUUCGCCACCGUGCUGAGUCGCCACCACCACCUGAUGAGGAAGAGCGACGGCAUCUACGACCCCCUGGAGUACGAGAACCACCCGGAACUCUACACGUCCCACUUUAGGACCAGCGUGGCGCCCUACACAAACUGCCUGAUCAAUGGCAUCUACUGGGACCGCCAGACGCCCCGGCUCCUCAGGCGGCUGGACGCGCAGAAGCUGAUGCGACCGUCCAAAAGCGUGUUUGUCACGAAUGAGGGCAUGCCUCCGCUGCCACACAAACUCUUGGCCAUCUGCGACAUAUCCGCCGACACGGGCGGCUCCAUCGAGUUCAUGAACGAGUGCACAACCAUCGACAAGCCUUUCUGCAUGUACGACGCCAACCAGCACAUCGACCAUGACAGCGUGGAAGGCAACGGCAUCCUCAUGUGUUCCAUCGACAACCUCCCGGCUCAGAUGCCCAUCGAGGCCACCGAGUACUUCGGAGAUCGCCUCUUUCCUUACAUCUGGGAGAUGCUGCCUUCAGACGCCAGCAGACCUUUGGAAGAAGAAGACUUCAGCCCGCAAGUCCGAGACGCUGUAAUCACCUCAAACGGAGCCCUGACGUCCAAGUUUGAGUACAUCGAGAAGCUUCGAGAGAACCGAGCAAAGUCUCAGAUCUUGAAGAAAAGCGGGAUGAAACGAGUUCUGAUGCUCGGUACCGGAUACGUCUCCGGACCUGUGGUGGAAUACUUGACCCGGAGCGACAAGACGCAGGUCACAGUAGCCUCAGUGUGCCUGAACCAGGCGCAGGAUCUGUCGUCCAAAUAUCCAAACACUGUCCCCGUCAUGUUGGAUGUCGGCAGUCAGGAGGCGCACCUCAACUCUCUGGUCAAAGAGCACGACCUGGUCAUCAGCUUGCUGCCUUACGGGCUGCACCCCCUAGUGGCCAAACACUGCAUCGACAGGAAGGUCAACAUGGUGACCGCCAGCUACCUGAGUCCCGCCAUGAAGGAGCUGCACAACAGGGCGGUGGAGGCGGGCAUCACCAUUGUCAACGAGAUGGGUCUAGAUCCAGGUAUUGAUCACAUGUUAGCCAUGGAAUGUAUCGACCAAGCUAAAGCUGACGGCUGCACGGUGGAGUCGUACAUUUCCUUCUGCGGAGGACUUCCUGCCCCCGAGUGUUCAGACAAUCCUCUUCGCUACAAGUUCAGCUGGAGUCCUUACGGAGUUCUCCUCGCCACCGUCAACCCCGCCCUCUUCCUGCGGGACAACAAGCUUGUGAGCAUCCCACAAGGGGGCGCUCUGAUGGACGCCGCCACGCCAAUGGAUUUCUUUCCUGGAUUCAACUUUGAAGGUUACCCCAAUCGGGACAGCACCAAAUGCGCAAAACUGUACGACAUCCAGAAGGCGCACACGGUGCUCAGAGGAACGCUACGCUAUAAGGGUUUCUCCAGAGCCAUGAGUGGUUUUGUCAAGUUGGGUUUGAUCAACAGUGAUCCUUGUCCCCUGCUGCAGAGCUCCGCCCCUCCGGUCACAUGGAAAGGAUUGCUGAGUCACGUGUUGUCGUUGGACCCCACCAUCUCCCAUGAUGCAUUUGAGGCGGCGGUGAUGGAGCGCGUGGGCCAUGACCAAGACAAAAUGGACUGUCUGAGAUGGUUCGGAAUGCUGAGUGACGAUCACGUCCCUCACGCUGACAGCGUGCUGAUGGCUCUCAGCAAACAUAUGGAAGCCAAACUGUCCUUCAACUACGGUGAGCGGGACAUGGUCGUCCUGAGGAGCGACCUGGGACUUCGCCACCCGACGGGCGAGCUUGAGACCAAACACAUCAGCCUGGCGGUGUACGGAGACAUCAACGGCUUCUCCGCCAUGGCCAAGACCGUGGGCUACCCAGCAGCCAUCAGUGCACGCAUGAUCCUCGACGGUGAGAUCAGGUCAAAGGGCAUCGUGCUCCCCAUGACCAAGGAGGUGUACGUGCCAGCCUUGACGCGCCUGAAGGAUGAAGGUCUGCAUGUCAUGACCUCCAGUACUCUGCUGGACUAAAUAUUGCAAUAUUUUAAUCAUCGCACAGUAUGUGAGUGUACACAUGUAUACAUGUGUACAUAUACAUAUAUAUAUACACAUCUAUACACAAAUAUAUAUAUAUAUAUAUAUAUAUAUAUAUAUAAAGAAGUGUACAUAUACACAUAUGCACACAUACAAAUAUACAUGUCUACAUAUAUAUGUACACAUAUAUAUUAACAAUUAUAUACGUGUGUACAAAUACAUAUAUGUAAAUAUAAUCUAUGUACAUGUAUAUAUACAUGUGUACAUAUAUGUAUAUACACAUGUACGUGUACAUAUACAUGUACAUACAUAUAUGGACACGUGUGUACAUAUACACACGUAUAUACGUGUGUACAUACAUAUAUGUACACAUGUAUAUACACAUAUAUGCGUGUCCAUAUAUUUACACAUAUAUUUACGCACGUAUACACAUGUAUAUGUGUACAUGCACAUAUAUAUUUACGCACGUAUAUACAUGUAUAUGUACACACGUGUAUAUGUAUGUAUGUGCAUAUAUGUACACGUAUAUACAAAUAUAUACGUGUUCACACAUAUAUGUACACACGUGUGUGUGUGUGUAUAUAUAUAUAUAUAUAUAUAUGUAUAUAUAUAUAUAUAUAUAUUAUGUAUGCACACCCACACAAGCGUAUAUAUUUCUAUUUUUACAACAAGUCCAAAUAUUUGAAAAUAUUGUUAGAAAAGUGUAAGUUAUUAAUAAUAAUGACAUAUGAAGGGCGGAGCUGCUAUUUAGGUCAAAGUUGAAGGGUCACUGCUGAUAUUAUGAUGAUAAAAAUCAACAAAAACGGUUAUUUUUAUUUUUAUGAUGCCGAUUGUUUUGUCACUUUGAUUUGUUCAUUUCUUUGUCUUGCAUAAAUAAUAAAUAUAAUAUUUUCAUCUGCUGGGAUGUGAUGAUCAUGUUGAUA